AGGCAGGCCAUGCUUGUUGAACAAGUUUCUUGACUUCUUCGAUACAUCCUCAGGCUCCCUAUCCGUUUUCUCGUUCUGCUGUUUGCGUCCCCUGAAGACCAGUUUGCGAUGACAGUGUACGAGGUGCUGGGGUUAUGGCCACCUCGUUGCAGGAUGCACGAAGCCGCCCCGGUGCCGUGUCUGUGCUGGCCGCCAUCUUGAAUCGGUGCACCGCGCUCGGUGCGCCAUGUGCGCGAAGGAGAAUCGCGCCGCCUCCGACCCUUGCGCUCAUGCGCGCUGCGUGAACUGCCGUGGUCUCCACCACGCCGACUCCGAACAGUGCCCCAAACGCACCUCUUUCCGGAGCGCUGGCCCCGCUCCGACCUCUUCUCUCGAGCGCCCCGUGCUGCCCGCUGCUGGCGACUCUGAUGUUGCCAUGGAGUGCGACUCCAUUUCCACCACGUUCCUUUCUUUCUCAUUUCUAGCGCCCCCCGUCCGCUCCCCUCCGUCACCACAAGGCAUGCCCGCACCGAAUACGGGGUCAACAUGCCGGCGUAGCAACACUUAAAUGCAGGGGAUCAGUUUUUAUCCAGCCUGCUCCGUGGUAGGGUUCGCCGCGCAUCACCCAUUCAUUCUGUCGAUUCCCUCUGUUCUUUCCCUCCGCCCCGACAUCUCUUUGGCUGCCAACUCACUCCGCCCUUCGGCCCGCCGUCGUGCAAUUCACUAACCCUGGUCCAGCCGGCUUCCCCUCAAUGUUCAACUGGUCAC